AUGCAAGCAAAAGAUUUACGUAUACUCAUUGGUGAAGCAAAGCCGAUUAAUGAAAUAACUGAUCCAGCACAACGUGAUGCUCGAGCACACAUUAUAAAUGCAUUUUCAAUGAUGAACGCAGAUGGUAGUGCGCCACGUUCAGUCGAUUUUCAUUCGUUUCGUGGUGCAUUUACACCAGAGUUUUUUCCACGACGAUUUGCUUUGAAAGACUCGAUAUAUUCUCAGCGACUUGAUUUAUUAGCAUUUUUACUACGAAACGCUCUCUACCGUUUUUCAACAUGUUCACCACCAAUUAAAUAUUGUGAAUUUUCUGUUGGUUGUGGUGAUUUAAGUCGUCCUUGGAUAUUUGAUAUUUUAUUGACAUUUUCUAAUGCUGAACCAAUCAGUGAAUUAAAAAAACUAGUUAAUAACAAUCAUUUUCCAUGGCUCAAAACAGAUGGUUUUGAACGAGCUAUUGACUAUCGAUUUCUGGCAGGAUUUAAUCGUCGAAUAUCACGAGUCAGUCAUGGUUAUUCAGUUGACGAAGCCGUUGCAUUUUUAUUUGAAGUACCGCAUAAUGCGAUUCAUGUUCCAAUCGUUCUAUCUACUGAUGAUGACGGAAUAUGGCCUAUUGACAAAUGUCCAUUAGAACAUCAGGAACAUCAUUCUUUAGCAGCAGAAUAUUGUCGUGCAAUUACUACUCGUUUUAUAACGAAAAAUCAUUUGAAAAAUAUGAUUAAAAAUUCAAAGCGUUUCUGCUUUACAUAUGGAAAAGCUUUACCAAAAGAGGAAUCUCAGAAAAUAAGCGCAGUGCGAGACAUCAAUGAAGGCGAUUAUUUUCCCACGGAUAUCAUUGUACAUCCAGAUGUUUUACGAAUGCUUCUUGCUAGGAUACCACGUAGCGAUAUAGAUUUAUAUCCUUGCUUGAAAUAUUAUCAAACAUUGUACAAAUUAAAAAUACCUCCUUCUAAAAGUCGAGAUUUUGAUGACGAUGAAAGUCGAGAUUCUGAUGACGAUUGGAAAAACCAGUGUCAACUUGUAGGACCUGUACUAAGCGAGCUUGGUUCUGGUAUACAGUUAGCUGUUGGUGCGAUGUGA